UGGCAAUAUAUAUAGGUAAAUUUAUGUUCUCCGCCUCUGCUCGUCUUCUGCUACUUCUAAAUCUCUCUGCGUCAAGCUGCUUCUUUUUUCGAUUGAAAGGGGGGUGAGAGUUGGCGACCGGAGAAUAUGAGUGUGUCUGUAACUGAUGAGUCUGGUGCUGGGAGGUCGCUUGAAGGAGAUUUGAGCGAGCAGCAGAGAUGUCAGUCUGAAGAAGCAUUGAUAGAAUGGAGGUCUUCGGGCCAGGUUGAGAAUGGAACUCCAUCAACUUCGCCUCCUUAUUGGGAUAGCGAUGACGGCAAUGAUGGAGGUCCUAAACCAUCAGACUUAUAUGGAAAGCAUACAUGGAAAAUCGAAAAGUUUUCACAAAUUAACAAAAGGGAACUUCGGAGCAAUGCGUUUGAGAUUGGAGGCUACAAAUGGUACAUUUUAAUUUAUCCUCACGGUUGUGAUGUCUGCAAUCACCUCUCUUUGUUUCUAUGUGUUGCCAAUCAUGACAAGCUUCUUCCAGGUUGGAGCCAUUUUGCGCAGUUCACUAUUGCCGUGGUGAACAAAGAUCCUAAAAAGUCGAAAUACUCUGAUACAUUACAUCGUUUCUGGAAAAAGGAGCAUGACUGGGGAUGGAAGAAAUUUAUGGAGCUAUCAAAGGUAGUGGAUGGAUUUGUUGAUGCUGAUACUUUGAUAAUUAAAGCUCAAGUGCAAGUUAUAAGGGAGAGGGCAGAACGACCGUUUCGUUGUCUUGAUCAUCAGUACAGGAGAGAACUUGUACGCGUAUAUUUGACAAAUGUAGAACAAAUUUGCCGGCGUUUUGUGGAAGAGCGUCGAGGGAAACUCGGAAAGCUAAUUGAAGAGAAAGCUAGAUGGUCCAGCUUCUUCUCUUUCUGGAUCGGUAUGGACCAAAAUUGCAGGCGCCGCAUGUCCCGAGAAAAAACUGAGACAAUAUUGAAAGUCAUCGUAAAGCAGUUCUUUGUAGAAAAGGAAGUCACAUCUACCCUUGUUAUGGACUCAUUGUACAGUGGUCUGAAAGUGCUCGAGGGCCAGUAUAAGGGGAAAGAGAACAAGGGUAAGUAUGUGGAUGCAGAUGAAGUACCUGUUCCUAUUGUUCGAAUAGAAAAAGAUAUGUUUGUGUUGGUGGAUGAUGUGCUACCACUGCUUGAGAGGGCUGCUGUAGAACCUUUGCCUCCGAAGGAAGAGAAGGGCCCCCAAAAUCGUACAAAGGAUGGGACUUUGGGGGAAGAGUUUAACAGAGAAUCAAUUGAACGUGAUGAAAGGAGACUUACUGAACUGGGUCGCCGGACUAUUGAGAUAUUCAUGUUAGCCCAUGUAUUCAGCAGUAAAAUUGAAGUUGCAUACCUGGAGGCUGUUUCUCUGAAGAUGCAAGAAGAGCUCAUACGGGAAGAGGAGGCAGCUUGGCUUGCUGAGAUUGAGCACAGAGCAAAGCGUGCAGCAGUGGAUAAGGAAAAGAAGUCUAAAAAGAAACAGGCCAAGCAGAAACGAAAUAAUCGUAAAAGUAAAGACAAGGGAAAGGACGACAAGUCUCUCAGUAUUAUACAAGACAAAAUUGAGCAAGAUAUUGACAUUGUCAAGAGAAAAGACUCAUUACCUGCCGACUCCCAGUCGUUACUUGAAAAAUCCGAUGCUGUGGAAGAUGUUUCGGAUAUUUCUGAUUCUGAGGAAUGUAUUCCUGAAAUAUUACCACCAGAUUUAGAAGACAGAGAUGUGAGUCCUGGCAAUUGGGACACCGAUACUUCUGAAAUGCAUCCUCCAACAGAAGCCAGUAGCAGUGGGAUUAGUGGACUUUCAAGUGUGCAAAAUGGAACAGAAGGAAGAAGUUCAUCUGCCGUGGAUGAUAGCUCAUCCACUUGUUCAUCUGACUCAGUUCCUUCUGUUGUCAUAAGUAUCCCACAGAGAGGAAAUUCUCAUAACCAGAAAAAUAUAAAAUCUCCCAGCAGGGGGAGGAACCACCAAAGCAAAUUAAAGUCUAACCAAGCUGGUUCGGUUAAAGAAGAAGUGUCUCAUCCAUCUAAAGUGGUGUUAGAUGCAGUGAUUAAAGUUAAUCGAUCUCAAAGUUCCAAGGCUGUUAAACCUCUUUCUCAGGUGGCUCAUCAUUCUGAUAGGGUGGCAAUUGGGGCUGAGCAUCAAAUGCCCAAGAUGGAUGAAGAAUCUGACUCGUCUAGGAAGUUUGUCACCAGAAGUGUGGAUGUCGAUACAUCUGAGGAUAAGGAAGCUUCUCUAUGCAGGAGCCCUUCGAAAAGCAUACCACUUAUUGCUCCUACAGAAAUGGACUCGAAGGUUAAUGUGGAAGGCAAGAAAUCUUCUUCGAACAGGCUGAACCAAGCUGACAGAUCAGUCAUGUUGGUUUCAGAUACGCAGAAGAUUGCAACACCGAAGCUCACUGAAAAUCUAACCAGUCAUCAAGUGCUUGAGAGUGAAAAACCUCCAAUACAGCCCAUGAUGAUUAAAGCUGAUAAGACCUCACUGACAUCGAUGCCGGUUAUAUCAAGACCCUUGAGUGCCCCUCUAACUCCUGGUUCUGUCGCUGCUGUUUCUGUGGUCCCGACAGCACCUGUAUUGGCUCGUUCAGUAAGUGCUGCUGGUCGCCUGGGGCUUGAACCUGCUGUUCCUAAAACUCAAAACCAUUUUCCACAGUCAUAUCGGAAUGCAAUUGUGGGUGGCGCUGCUACUGGAAGCUUUCCUGCUUUUACUCAGAAUCAUUCUGCAAGUUCAGUGGUGAAUGCAUCCGUUGCGUACUCACAUGCACCUCCCCUUGUAUCUACGCCCAUGUUCUCAUCAAGUAGCUCUGAUUUGAUGGAAACAAAUCAAUCUAAGCCAAGUUUUUCAUUUGGAAUGAUGAGUCACCACGAUAGAUUACAGAACGGACCUCUCUGGGUAGACUCUUAUCAGAGGGAAAACAGCAGGAAGCAACCUGAUCCCGGACAUCAUGCUUCGCAGCUUAAUGGUAUGCAGAGUCAUGAUUUAUAUAGUUCAUCACGUGUCAGGUCACAUGACCAUCUUCAAUCUGGGAUCUCAGCCUGCACAACAGGUCGUCAGAACCAUGUAUUGACAGAUGAGUUUCCACACCUAGACAUCAUCAAUGACUUGCUUGAUGAUGAGCAUGGAGUUGGAAAUUUAUCAGUCUCGGGUUCUGCUUAUCAGAAUUUCAGCAAUGGAUCUCACUACCUAAACCGGCAUUUUAGUUUCCCCGGUGACCCUGUCAUGUCAACGAGCUCAUGUAGGUUCGAGAGGAUGCAAAGCUAUCAGCACAACAUAUUACACCAUAGUUAUGGAGGAGCUUCUCAUGAUACCCUCGGCCACAUGAUUCCUCAAGCUAGCUCUCAACCAUAUGCGAAUAACGGGCAGAUUGAUGGUUUCAUUCCGAACCAGUGGCAAGUGGCUGGUCCUGAUCUGUCCUUCCUGAGUGCCCAGGCCACAGAGAACGACAGCCGUCCUUACAGCAUGGCAGACUAUCAAAACCUCACUGUUGAUGUCAAUGGAUACGCAGUGUUUCGACCAUCAAAUGGAUUCUGAAUUUUAUAUAUAUGGCAGUGAUUUGCCUCGAGAAGGAUGGAGACUGGAUAUGGAGUGAUGAUGUUUGUUAUUAAACAUUUUGUAAAGGUGAUUAUGGUUUCUUAGUUUUCUUGAAAAAAUUUUAAGUUCGAUAUAUUUGGUUUACUUUAGUUAGCAUUGGAUGGAUUAUCUAACAUCAAUUUAUCUAUAGAGUUUUGGUUUUGGUAUUGGUA